CAGACUCCAUCUACACAGACGACGGCGCGAGGCACGGCUGCGCAAAGUGAUUGUGGCUUAAAGUCGCGUGAAUUGCUGCAUUCGCACGAGUCGAAUCACAAGCGACUUUCGACAGCUGAGGUUUCAGCGGCUGCAAACCGAGCAACAGCCUGACACCUGCUGCAACGCAGAGCUAUGACGCGCUCGUUGAUGCUCAGCGUCGUGUUAGCAGCCGCAGUAGCACUGCAGCCUGCGCGACUACGCAACGCGGCAACAACGACUCGCCUCCACGCCGCGAACAUCCAGUACGGCGACACGGGCGGCGCCGCGUUGGUGCUCGACGACCUCUCGGUUCGAAGGGGCCCGGUCGAACUCGUCUCCGGCGCGACGUGGACGAUCAUGCCCGGCGAGCGCUGGGGCAUCGUCGGCCCGAACGGCGCCGGGAAGAGCACGCUGCUCGGCGCGAUCCUCGGGAUCCACGACAUGACGACGGGCCACGUCGCGGUGAAGACCGAUGCGGACGUCGGGUACUUAGAACAGACGGGCGUCGGCGGGAGCGACACGAGCGUGCGGACAGAAGUGAUGUCGCGAAUGGGGGCCCUGGCGGAAGCGCAGAAGGCCCUCACGGAGGCCACGGAGCGCGUCGAGGGCGGCGACUACUCCGAGGAGGCCCUCGAGGCGCUCGGCGAGGCGCAAACACAGUUCGAGGAGAAGGGCGGCUACACGGCCGAGGAGACCGUGUCCAAGGUGCUGGGCGGCCUCGGCUUCGACGUCAAGAAGGACCUGGACCGGCCGUGCUCCGACUUCAGCGGGGGGUGGCAGAUGCGCAUCGCGCUGGCGCGGCUCCUCCUCUCCGGCCCGGACGUUUUAUUCUUGGACGAGCCGACGAACCACCUGGACAGCGCGGCGCGGGCGUGGCUCGCGACCUACCUCGCGAGCUACGAGGGCACGCUGGUGCUCGUGAGCCACGACACGGCCAUGCUGAAACGCGCGUGCGACUCCAUCGCCGAGAUCACGGGCGACGCGCCCACCGCGGACAAGCCCGGCUCGGGCCGGCGCCUCGAGACCUACAAGUCCUGCAGCUUCGACCAGUGGCGCCAGCAGCGCGCCGAGCGCGCCCAGCGCUGGGUGUCUACUUACGAGAGGCAGAAGGAGGAGGAGCGGGACCUGGAGGACUUCAUCCGGCGCUUCGGCGCGAAGGCGUCCAAGGCGACCCAGGCCAAGGACCGCGAGCAGAAGCUCAAGCGCCUGCGGGAGGAGAUGGUCGACCGGCCGCCGCGCGACGUCAUCGACCUCGCGGCGACGCUCGCCGACGAGGUCGAAGCCUUGAAGCGGGCGCAGCGCGACGGCGCCCCCGAGGAGAACCUGGGCGACACGGUCGCGUCGCCGCUCUUGAAGGUGCGCGGCGGGCCGGUGCUGCGGCUGCCGUCGCCGCCGCCGUGCGGCGCGCGGCCCGUCGCCCUGGCGGGCGCGGACGUGGGGUGGCCGAACGAGGGCGAGACGCUCGCGCGGCGCGCGCGGCGCAGCGACGACGAAUUGGACCUGGAGGAGAUCGAGGACGCGACGGUCAUCGUAAAGAACGUCGACCUGACCAUCGAGCGGGAGAUGCGCCUCGUGGUCCGCGGCGCGAACGGCGCGGGCAAGUCGACGCUCAUCAAGGCCCUCGCGGGGGCCAUGCCGCUCGUCGGCGGCGAGCGCAUCGAGGACGACCGACUCGCGUUGGGCUACUUCCGCCAGGACCUCUCGCAGGAGCUGCCCCAGGACAAGACGGCCCUCGAGGUCGCCGUGGAGACGGCGCGGCGCGACGGCGACGACAUGACGAGCGAGCAGCGCGUCCGGGAGGUCCUCGGCGCGCUGGGCCUCAAGGGCGAGAUGGCGCUGCGCCUCGUCGGCUCGCUCUCGGGCGGCGAGAAGGCGCGCGUCGCGCUGGCCUGCUUCGUCCUGACGCCGCAGAACGUCCUGAUCCUCGACGAGCCGUCGAACCACCUGGACGUGGACACGGUCGCGGCGCUCGCGGGCGGCCUCAACGCGUUCGAGGGCGCGAUCGUCGUCAUCUCCCACGACCGCGCCUUCGUCGAGGAGCUGCGGCCGACGCACGUCCUGACGGUCGCGGACGGCGCCGCGACGCUCGAGAAGCGCGAGCUCGUCGACGCGGAUUGGGACGUGUCCUCCAUCGACGAGCGGGGCGCGAUCAUCGAGGAGGCGACGGCGGAGCCCGCGGUCGCGGCGCCGGUCGUCGUCGUCGAGGAGGACGCGGCGACGCGGAAGAAGCGGCACAACGCGCCGCGGCGCAUGGCGAAGCUCGAGGACCUGAUCGCGGAGGCCGACGCCGCGAUCGCGGCCGUCGACGACGACAUGGUCGCGGCGGGCGCCGACGUCGGGAAGGCCGUCGACCUGCAGAAGCGGCGCGACGCGCUCCAGGCGGACCUGGAUGGGCUGUGGGCCGAGUACGACGAGCUGGACGCGCUGCUCGCCGUGGCGGCGUGAGUAAGUUGGAUCUGUGAA